UUGAAUUAAAAUGAGGAUUAUUAGAUGAUAUUUUUACAAUAAUUGAUAUAGAAAAGAUAUUAAGUGGUAAUGAAGAAUAAAUUGGAGGAUUUGAUUUAAUAUAUAAAGGAAGUCCUAUAAAAAAUAAUUAUAGUUGUUCUUAAAUAUCAUUUCUCGGUACUUUAAAUAAUCGAAAGUUAUAAUUAAAAAGGUUAGCAAAGACUUGUGGUAUGUAAUAAUAUAAAUUAAAUUAAGCAUUAAAAUUAGCAAAUGCAAAUGAAUAAUCUUAAAUAAAAAGUUCUGAAGGUACAAAAAAAGAUAAAGAGGAAAAGGAAAGAUAAUUAAGAAGUUUUUCAAAGAGUUCUUAGAUUGCAUAAGUAAGAUAAGAUUUAAUAAUAGAAUAUAAAUAAUUCAAGCAAAGUUGUAAUAUAAUAGAAAGGAGUAAUAAAUAUAAGGAGGAAUUCAACAGAUUUACCUAUUUUAAUGAACAAAUAAAAUGGAAUAAGGAAAAUGCAAUUACAAAAUACUCUUCAAAAAUAGAAAGUGUAGAUUUAUUAAUAAUAAUAAUAAAAAGGAGGAGAUUAUCAAUUAUAUAAUUAGAAUAAAGAGUAUG